AUGCACACCCUCGGCCAGCCUCGGAUGCAGUUGGGCCGGACAACCAAUCCGCCUCGACCGCCCGGUUCCCACCUCCCAGACCCGGCCCGGCUAUGGUGCCGACUUUGUGCACGUCCAGGUCGUCAGAUCAACCACCGGCUCCGCUCCGAUCGGUCUGGUGCAGGCAAGACUUCGGUGCACAGUCAAACCGUGAACGAUUUCAUCUACGAGCGUUGCGGACAUGUCAGCCUCCUUCCGGGCAACAUUGGCCUCAAAUCCGUCGUUGUGCCUCGUGAAACCUGGCGACCCGGACCGACGGCCCUAGGACAAUCCAUCCGAGUGACUUCGUCUGUCGGGUGUGAUUUCGCUCACCCCGGCUCGAGACGUACCGGAAUCCCCGGUCAGACGCCAGCCUACUGGAUACCACCGGUCGUGUGUGUGUGCACUCACACUUGGCACACACCGACACGCCUAGAUAGCGACGAACAGAAGCCGAGACCUCUUGAUCUGGCCGGCUGGCAGACGGACUCUUCGGCCAGCUUCAGCCUCAGAGAUACCCGUCAGACUGCAGGCCGGUUGCGUGUGUGCGCUGCCGGAGGCAAUCGACACCCGGGCCGAGAAUCACACAGUUUGGUAUAUAACCCAACCACAGAACUGGCCUCCCCAUUCUGA